UAAAGUUGUUGAAGAAAAAGUAUGUAAAGCGUGUAAGUGAACGAGAGGGGGCGCUCUCCUCUGCUCGCAGUGCCCAAGCUGUAGAAAACGUGCGGGUGCCAUUUUGUCACCCAGCUUGACUACUGUAUUUCCAAAAUGUAGCAAAUGUCAUCGAUAUUUGCCGCAGAAAGCUCACAAUAGAGUGUACCCCCACAUAUUCACAGUCCGGGAUUCACCUAUUUGUGGAUUUUUCGGGGGAAAGGUAUCCCGCGGUAUUCGCAGACCCCCAUGCGUUGUGCUACGUUAUUGUCCAGAUCACAUGCCUAUUUGCUUUUUUUUCUUCAGUCUUUCAAAAAAAAACAAAAACAGAUUUUUCACUGGAAUUCUAAUGAACAUCAAUUAUUUGCUGAUUUUCAGCGGGGAUUAUGAUGAUGACGUCAUUUUAGUGAACUAUCAAAGAAAUGAAGACAUUAGUUGCUGUUGUUUUUUUAGCAAGGCCGUCAGAAGUGGGCAGGGCGUGUGCUGAUGAUGGAGCGUGCGCACACACACACACACACACUGCGCUGUCAUGCCUCCUGUGACUUUUGACAAAUAUGGGCAUGUCGGCAUGCUUGCUUGUGCAUGCGUGUCUAAAAACAGACUCAAAUGUGACACACUCUUCUUCUCGCUUGACCGGUCCACCGUUUGUCUUUGUGGACCUCCAGCUGCGCAACGUCCUCGCGUCCGCGGUGUCCCGGUCUCCGCGGUGUCCCGAUCUCCGCGGUGUUCCGGUCCCCCGUGCUGUGUCGUGGUCAUGGAGAGUCUGGAGAAGCAGUUGAUCUGUCCCAUUUGUUUGGAGAUGUUCUCCAAGCCCGUUGUCAUCUUACCGUGUCAACACAACCUCUGUCGCAAGUGUGCCAACGACGUCUUCCAGGCAGCCAACCCCUACCUGAGCUCCAGAGGUGGAUCCACGGCGCCAUGCGGCGGCCGCUUCCGCUGCCCGUCGUGCCGUCACGAGGUUCUGCUGGAUCGCCACGGCGUCUACGGGCUGCAGAGGAACCUGCUGGUGGAGAAUAUCAUCGACAUGUACAAACAAGGAAGCGGCAGCAAGGCGACGUCACUUCCUGAUGUGGGGGCGGAGCAUCCGGUGUGCGAGCAUCACGAGAAGGAGAAGAUCAACAUCUACUGCCUGAGCUGUGGCGUUCCCACCUGUUCCCUCUGCAAGGUGUUUGGCGUCCACAAAGACUGCCACGUGGCGCUCCUCGACGUCACCUUCGCCAAACAGAAGGCGGAGCUGAGCGAGUGCAUCUCGCUGCUGGUGGUGGCCAACGAGCGGAUUCAGGCCGUCACGAGUCAGCUGCACGACGCCCGCAGAGCGGUGGACGACAACGGUCGCCGGCAAAAGUCCAAGGUGUGCGAGUCGUUCGACCAUCUGUUCGCCGUGCUGGAGGAGCGAAAAGGCGAGCUGAACGCCCGCAUCGGCGCCGAGCAGCAGGAGAAACUGGACUACUUGGCGGGACUCAGGAGGAAGUACGGCCAACACCUGGAGAACGCCGCCAAGCUCCUGGAGAACGCCAUCCACGCCAUGGACCGGGCCGAGAUGGCCGCCUUCCUGCAGGACAGCAAGCCGCUGCUGCAAAAGAUGGCGGCGGGAAGCGACACGUCAAAACUGGAAAAGGUUCAGUUGGGAUAUGAGAAGAUGGAGCACUUUAGCGGCAACUUUGAGCGCCAGAAGAGGGCGCUGAUGGCCGUCAAUUUCGUCAAGAUGGUUGAUGCCAACGAUGCCAAUGAAGACGACACAUCUGUGGAGGUUAGUGGUUCCGAAGUGAGCGGAGCAACGCCAGCACCCUCAGCCAAUCAUCCGCCUGCUUUUCUUUCAUACUUGGAGGCCCCGCCCCCUCUGACCGUCCACACCAAAACUCCUCCUCCAGAAAACCGGGCCCCGCCCCCUCCUACCCCAACCAAUGCUAACUCCGCCCCUCAGGCGGCGUCUGAGCAAGUCGCCGACGAUGACGACGCCAACAAACACGUUUUCUCCUUCAGCUGGCUCAAUCACAAGUGACCUCCUCCUCCUCCUCCUCCUCCUCCUCCUCCUCCUCCUCCCGGCCAUACUGCUUGUCACCAAUUGUGUUUGGAAGUGAACACAAUAAAUCACCGCUGGAAAACUUUUGUGCUCAUUUUAUUUUUUAAUUGGACAUAAAGAAGUGACAUUCAACACUCUGCCAAAUUGUUAAUUUUUACUCCCUUUUUGUUAAAUCUCCUAUUUUACUACAAAAAUAAAAAGGCAAAUUAUUUAUUUUGAUAACAGAAGAAAAAAGUAAAAAUACAUACAAAGAAUCAAUUGAAGGAAAAAAAAACCCUGAUGUUUUUCUCUGUAAGGUAGGACUUUCCGUCUUCCUCCAUAGCUCAGGCAUAAAGAAUAUUGGAGAUUGUUGUCCAGUGUAGGAAAUAGCCAGUAAUUGCCAGCAAUUCCUGCAGCUCCUUCAAUGUUGCCGCUGGCCUCUUCUGAUCUUUUUGGGGAACGUCCAGUUGUUGGUUUUAUUUUCUCCACUUGAUGACGACCAUCUGUCUUCACUGUGUUCCACAGUACGUUUAAUACCUUGGAAAUGAUUUUGUCCCCUUCUCCUGACUGUGAUGCCUUUGAACAAUGAGAUCCCUAUGACUUUUAUGACUGCGCGGACCGUGGCUCGUGCUGUAAGAUGCGACUACAAAAAUGCGAUUGGUUCUUUGAGCUCGGCUGCCGUUAGAGAGUCGGCCGGGGGCGGAAACAGAAGCGCUCCGGGCAGUCUUGACGUGUCGACUGAGACGCACAGCUGUUGCGGCAGCGAAGAUCCGGCCAGUUUUCAAAAUAAAACACACUUGACACGCGAAACGCAAUAAAAUGGAAAUGAUA